CGCCGUCAGUCGACGCCGGAGCCGGUUCCGGGCAGGAGCACUUUCGCUUUUUCGCUCUGACAUGUGCAGCCUGUGAGGUUAUUUGGGAAGGAGGAGUUCCCCUCGCGACCUUGGCUGCGCCAUGCUCAAGGGAUGGUUCGAUGCCUUCCGCACCGAAGGUGGACCGACGCUCUACGCUUACUCCAACAGAACUGCGGUGACUGAGGACAUACGGAAUAUUGUCAUCUAUGUGUGUUUCUCGACGCUGUUCAUCGCUUUCAUAAUCGUCUUCCCAGGGAUACGCAAAGAGAAGCUGUCAACAUUCGUCAGCGUCACAAUAAGCCUGCUGGUCGGGGCUGUCGUACUAACCUGCAUCUAUGGCAGCGAUUGGCAUGUGGCCAGCGCCGUGGUGUCUAGUCCCUACCGUGCCUUCUCCGCUGACCGCAUUUCCGCCCGGAUAGGCGUCCACAUAGGGCUGAACAGCGUCAACAUCACUUUGCGUGCCAUGCCGAGGUACAGCGAGAAGGAAGAGAUCAACUUCAACGAGAGGUUCACGUGGCGUAGACCGACGCAGGUCAAAGAAGACUACAGAGAGGCGCUGGUCAAAGGGCUUCCGUUCCCCAUCCUGACUAUAGCGGAGUACUUCAGCCAGGAUAUGGAAGGAUUCUGCUGGGGCCGUCGCUACCGCCUCGCGGGGCACUACACUUUCGUCCUUCUCGGGACGUCCCUGGCGCUGUGGCUGCUCAUGAACGUGCUGCUCUGCGCGGUGCCCAGGUAUGGAGCCUACGCCAUGCAGCUCACGGGUCUAGUAAUGUUGCUCAGCGGUGCCCUCUACUCAUCGCUACUGCCAGCAAGGCCACUCGUCAUCCCUUUCGAAGGAGGCCUGCUGACCUUCAACUUUGGCUGGUGCUAUUGGGCGGUACUUGGAGCAGGGACAGCCGCAGCAAUAUGUGGACUCUCGAUUGCCGUGCUUGACAUUUUCUUCCCGAGGAAGUUCUCCACCAUUCUAGAUGUCGACUAUGACACACCUUAUCGACACGUCGUAGGGCAGGAGUCCAUGGUCCGCAGCACUGCUGCUUCAUCACCAAAGGCAUUUCGGGUCGGCAUUCCAGCACUGACUGUUCCGACAGGGGUCUGUCGUCAAGGCGGGCCAACACAGCAGCUAGCGACAGUGUGUGCGAGCUGUAGCUCACACACCAUGAUAGGCUUCCAUCCACGGCUGUCCACACGGGACACCAUGCUUCAACUUCCGCAUCAGGUCGCAAGCUCGUCGGCUGCGUCAGGCAGUCGAACAGGAAUUGUGAAUACAGCUUAUGAAGACAGCGAAGAGGUCCACGAAAUGCGCGCCGUGUCGCUGCACAACUUUGGCAAGGAACGACAGCGAAGCUCGGCGCCGACGAGGUGCGCGAUCCAGCUUCACGGUAACGACAUCGAGAGAUGUAAACAUCGACCUGCAGUCGGCGGCCAUGUGGUGACCAGAUGACACGUGCCCCUCGGCUCUUCUAGAGCAACAGCUUUACUGCUCACGCUCCAAUCCGCUGUGCGGGAUGGGGAUCCUCGAAGCCAAACGUUCUUCGUGCCUCUCAACGAAGAGCUGUGAUCUUGUGUUACGCCGUCAACUACUCCUGUUUACUUCUGAGCGUGCCACAUCGUGAGCAUACGCUGCUAUUCGGAGACAUUCGUACAAUUGGCGCCAGUCGAUGCGAGUGUGUGAAGAUUUGGAAAGAAACGCAGAGCUUUUCUUGCAGUAACUCCAGUUUUCUUCUCCCAAGAACAUUGCUCGAUUGGCCGUUCAAGUCAAAUGCCGGUAAUAGCCUAGUGAACAUUUUGAAAGAAAUAGUAGAAUGUGCUUCAAACAAUCUUGUCAGAAACUCAUAGGCGGAACGCUCCUGAUAGCAUAUUCUACAUUGGAAAGCACUUCACACCGCAUAAGUAUUUUGAGUUUCGUUGGAGGUAAAUAGAUUGAUGGCACACUAGUCAUGCGAGAAGCGAAAAAAAAUAACGUAGCGGUGAAGCCGAUGCCCAAUGGUACAUGUAGAAAUCAGUGUGUGUUCAGUAUGAUACUCAAUAAUUUUGCGUGAAGUGUGGCACUAGAAAUGUACUUGACGCCAUUCGAACGACAUAUUAGGGUCCUCGACAUUUUUUGUUCAUGCAUUUUUUCAUGAGAUUAGCUUAGACCAGUGCAUUACAUUUUGAGAGGCGUGAUUCACACACGGUCGCUUUGCGCACGAGCCUUCCGCUUGAAGUGUUCAGAUUCACAUAGCACAGGAAGUAGUUUAGAUUGUUUUGCCGUUUUGUGGCAGCUGUAAUCGAAGCAUGUUACAUUUUAGGUGCCAUCGGUCAUGCGUGGCAGGGACAUUGAAAUAGCUUUGCCGUGUUUAUUCACGUGCUACGGUUAGCCAUUAAAAAAAAAAGACGUGGAUAAUUUCUCACGUGACAGGAUUUGCCAUUUUUUUCGUAGACAUAAUAUACACGAUCCGAAAAUACAGGUGACGUAGGCGUUAGAUUUCAUUUUUCAACGUCUGGCCUGUAUAUUAACAGGUAUACGUCACAAUUAUGAGUUGGUGAUAUCACACUCAAAGCGAGCUGGUUCGCUAGUUGGGGAAAGGCAGUCGCUUCAUUCACUGGACAUGAAAGACUCUGGGUUGCGCAAGACGCAAGAGUCGCCAGAGUGAUCGUCUCAGACACUGGGAACAAUUCUUUCACUCAGUUUGCUUCAUCACGUGCCUUCGGCAAAGAAAACAUUGCGCUAGUAAGAGGCACACACGACGGCGCAACUGUUUUGAGAAGCAUCCGCUGCUCCUUGGACAAACGUGUUUCAAGCCAUCAGAAGCGACUCCAGAUGUGAUACUCUAGUCGGGCUGCACCUUCGGAUACACGCGUCACGCCGGGCUCUGUGGCUGGUCCAUUAGAUAUAUGACGAACUCUUCAAGUGCGCGCAUGACAAGUCGACUCCGCCAAGUGAGAGCUUUUCAUUUGCGUGUUAUGAAGCAAAUGCUUUGUGAUAAAAAUGAAAUAAACAAUA